UUUUCAUACUUCAUAAUAUUAGUUAAAAUUCAAAUACGUUAUCGUGUAACCUAAAGAUAAUAAAUACCCGCCUCAAACAAUCAGCGUUCCCGAUUCAAAUUAUAAACAGAAAGAGCAGCGUUCAUCUUUUCCUUUAGGUCUAAGACAAUCGACAAAAUAAUCCAAAACCAAAGCCAUGUACUCACAAGAAGAACCUUACUCCCAAUCAGAUUCCCAAACCUACCUUGCCGGUUUCGUAAUGGCUAACAUAGUCGGCCUUAAAUACUACUCCGGCACAAUUAGCGGCCGCGAAAUGGUCGGCCUUGUCCGCGAACCACUCAAUCCAUACGAUACUAACGCCAUCAGAGUUCUCAACACUCAGUCUCUUCAAGUCGGUCACAUUGAACGCCCCGUCGCCGCCGUUCUUUCACCUCUCAUCGACGCUCAACUCAUCAUCGUUGAAGCCAUCGUUCAAACCACCGCAAACUCUCGCUUCAGUAAUAACAAAUUCCGUAUCCCUUGUCAGAUUCAUAUCUUCGCUCAUAUAUCUUGUUUUGAUGCUGUUCAUGACGCUUUUAAUGAUUCACCUGUUCAUUUCAUUUCGCAUUCUGAUCCUUCUUUUACUCUUUCUCAUUCCGUCGCCGUUAAAGAAACACGCGCCGAUAACACUGCCACGAAAACCACCGACACAACUACCUCCAAUAAUAACCUAGACCAAAUCUUCAAACUCGUUCGUCAAAAUUUAAACCUAGCAGAGAAAAACCGAAUCGCCGAACCGUUAAACCCUCCCUCUAACAUAAUCAAAUCAGAGCUUCUUCAACAUCAAAAAGAAGCAUUAGCAUGGCUUUUUCGCCGCGAAAAUUCUGAGGAUUUACCUCCGUUUUGGGAAGAGAAAGAGGGAAAUUUCGUCAAUGUGUUGACGAAUUAUCAAACAAACACGAGACCGGAGCCUCUCCGAGGAGGGAUAUUCGCCGACUGUAUGGGAUUAGGGAAGACUUUAACAUUGCUUUCAUUGAUUGCUUUUGAUAAAAUGCAAAUGAAAAGUGGAAAGAAAAGAAGUAGGAGUAGUGUUGUAGAGACAAAUGGUACAUUGAUUGUGUGUCCUCCUUCUGUUAUUUCGACUUGGAUAACUCAAUUGGAAGAGCAUACGAAUCGUGGAGCAUUGAAGGCUUACAUGUAUUAUGGUGAUAGAAGGACUAAAGAUGUUGAGGAAUUGAGAAAAUAUGAUAUUGUGUUGACUACUUAUGCUACUUUGGGAAUUGAGUUGCGGUGGCCGGAUACUGCGGUGAAGAAAUUGGGGUGGAGGAGAAUUGUUUUGGACGAAGCACAUACGAUUAAGAAUGUCAAUGCUGGUCAGAGUCAGGCUGUUAUUGCUUUGAAUGCUAAGAGGAGAUGGGCUGUUACUGGAACACCUAUUCAGAAUGGUUCUUAUGAUUUGUUUUCACUUAUGGCCUUUUUGCAUUUUGAGCCUUUUUCUAUAAAGAGUUAUUGGCAUAGCUUGGUUCAACGACCUCUUAAUCAAGGAAAACAGACAGGUCUCAGUCGAUUGCAGGUUUUGAUGGCAGCAAUAUCAUUACGAAGAACAAAAGAGAAUGCAUUGGUGGGGCUUCCACCUAAGAUUGUAGAGACUUGUUAUGUUGAACUUUCAUGUGAAGAACGUAAGUUGUACGAUGAGGUGAAAGACGAAAUAAAGUCACUUAUGAUGCAUUAUGACUACAGUGACAGACUAGUGUUUAGUUAUUCCACUAUACUAAGUAUGAUUCUAAGACUCCGUCAGAUCUGUGCUGAUUUAUCCAUGUGCCCUUUGGAUUUCAAAUCAUGUCUAUUCUCUUCAACUGAUAUUGAAGAUGUUUCCAAGAACCCUGAAUUGCUGCAAACAUUAGUUAGGAUGCUGCAAGAUGGUGAAGAUUUUGAUUGUCCAAUUUGUUUAUGUCCUCCAUCGGAUAUUGUAAUUACAUGCUGUGCUCAUAUUUUCUGCCGAGAAUGUAUUCUGAAAACUCUACAGCGCAGCAAUUCCUGUUGUCCACUUUGUCGGCGCCCCCUCUCUGAAUCUGACUUAUUCUCAGCUCCCCCUGAAUCUUUCAAGACUGAUACUACUGAACUGAGUUCGCCAGAAAUAAGGUCAUCCACCAAAGUGUCUACUCUGAUAAAGCUUCUUACUGAAUCAAGGGAUCACAAUCCAGCUACAAAGUCAGUUGUAUUUUCACAAUUCCGCAAGAUGCUGCUGUUGUUAGAAGAGCCUUUAAAAGCAGCUGGUUUUAAAACAUUACGUCUUGAUGGGACAAUGAAUGCUAAGCAAAGAGCUCAUGUUAUUGAACAAUUUCAACUCUCAGAAGUUAAUGAGCCAAUGAUUCUGCUUGCAAGUCUCAGAGCUUCAAGUACAGGUAUAAAUCUUACAGCUGCCUCUAGAGUGUACUUAAUGGAACCGUGGUGGAACCCAGCAGUUGAAGAACAAGCAAUGGAUCGUGUCCACCGCAUUGGACAGAAAGAGGAAGUGAAGAUUGUUAGGUUGAUAGCUAAAAACAGCAUUGAAGAGAAAAUAUUAAUGUUGCAAGAGAAGAAGAAAGAAAUAACAAGCAAAGGAUCUGGGAGGAGAUCAAAGGAUAUUGCUGGUAUGGGCAUAGAUGAUCUCCGUUUUGUUUUAGGAGAAUAAAGAAAUGGUUACAGUGAGGAUUUGUGGGAUAGUUGCAAUUAGCAAAUGUAAAUUGUUGUCUGUUUGAGUCUCUCAAACUUUUGCUUUACCCUACAGUUCUGGAAACAAAGAUGUUAGUCGGAUUCUUUUUGAAAGUAAUUUUGAUCUAUCAAAGGGAAACAGUUGGAAGGGAAUCAAAGGAUCUGUUUUUUGUAUUAAUCGAGUGUAUCAUGUGUGCAACCACAUGGACCAAUUUAUAUGUUUUUUUUUUAUAAAUUAAGUUUAAGUGCA